GGGCAUAAAAAAUAGAGUACAAUUUUUAAUUUGUGUACUAGGUUAUUUAGACAGAAUACGCUUACUGUGUACGUAGCCACAGCUGUAUUGUAUUUUGCUUAUCUACGGUAUUUAUCUAUGAUGGUAUUUUUAAGGUUAGCUAAACGUCAACCUAAUUGCUAAAAGCAGUAAAAGUGAAUCACAAAUUUGAGAAUAAAUUAACGUUAGAGUGAUUUUAUAGUUGUUAGCCAUAUCCGCUGCUUUACCACCUCCGAAUCUAUCUGGCACUACUAUCAGAAGGUUAUUCAGAAACAAAAUGCUUGCUCUAGCAAUUAUUUGUUCAUGCACUUUUUUGCUGACAACAGUCGAGGCACAGUCAUAUGAAAACACACGCUGUAAGUGUGUAUGCCCAAAGUUUAGUUCGGUUAUAAACAGUAGCACAGAAUCUUCUCAUACAGCUAGAAUAUUGUACAUUGGAAAUGGACCUCCAAAUAAAUGUAAUUGUGAUGAAGUUGUUCUUCCAAGAAUUUCUGAACAAAUUAAAGGAAAGGAACAAGAAUUUUGUCCUCGAUGUGAAUGUAAAUAUGAAAAUAGAAACGUAAAAACGAUACAAUAUGUCGUAAUUUUUGUUAUUUGGGUUAUAUCUGUAUUGGUAGUGUACAUGGCCUUUUUAAUUAUUUUGGAUCCACUACUCAACAAAAAAGUUGAUGGUAGUUACCAGGAGCAUACUAAUGAAGAUGAUGAAACGAUAUCAGGAAUGGGGGGUCCUUCCUCACACAAUAUGAGUGUGAGGGGUAAUGUUCUUAACAGGGUCGGACAUCAACAAGACAAGUGGAAGAGACAGGUAAAAGAACAGAGAAAAAAUAUUUAUGAUAAGCAUACAAUGCUGAAUUAAGUUUAAUUGUUUAUUAUGUGUAAUCUCUUUUAAAUAAAGUUGCUUAAACAAUUAAAUAC